AUGAAGCACCCCUUUCAAAUCUUCGUUGCGGACCAAAGCGGGGGCCACCUUUUCGCAUCGGUUAAAAACCAUCUAUUGGCGUUCCGCACCUCGGAUGGCGCCCUCAUUGGGUCCUGGGCGGACGACGUGGAUUUGCAGACUGUUCAAGAAAAACAGCUCAAGGCCAAGCGCGAGGCUGAAGAGAAGAAGGAGCUCACUGAUUCUGGCAAUGAACCUGUAACCAAGAAAGCAAAGACAAACAAAAAGGAGCCCAAGAUUUGUCCGCCUGGCCCUGGAGCCCCGGUUAUCUAUAACUAUCUUCGGUGCUUGGCGUUGACAAGGGAUGAGAAGCACAUCAUCGGCACCACUGACAGUGAUAAGGCCGCGGUGAUCUUUCAAAUUGAUUACACCCAGGAAAACUGUCUCUCGUUGAUCAAACGCCAGGUUUUCCCAAAAAGACCGUGUGCCGUACUGACCACAAUCGAUGACAAGAGCAUCAUUUUGGCCGACAAGUUCGGUGACGUUUACGAGAUUGGAAAUGACGACAGCGAAGCUGUGCCUGAAAAAGACCUCGUGCCGAUUUUGGGUCACGUAUCCAUGUUAAGUGACGUGCUCGUCGCAGAACACAACAACCAGCAAUUUGUGCUUACCGGCGACAGAGAUGAGCACAUCAAGGUUACUCACUACCCUUUGUCGUACGUUGUGAAGCACUGGUUGUUUGGUCAUCACGAAUUUGUGUCAUGCAUGCAUCUUCCCUCCUUCAAUAAAGACUUGCUCAUCAGUGGUGGAGGUGACGACUACUUGUUGUUGUGGGACUGGUGGGCCAGCAAGCAACUCUCUAGAGUUGAGCUUCGUGAUCUAAUUGAGCCUCACUUGACGGACGCGCAUUUCCCACCCGAAAGGUUCUUGCAAGAAGACUCGCCAAAAGAGAUCUGCGUUUCCAGAGUGCUUUCAAUUACAAAGAAUGGCUUUAACUUGCUUUUUGUUUUGUGUGAGAACACCAAUUGCAUAUUGACUUUCAAUAUCGAUGAGAAUAACUCCGUUACAUUCAAGCAAAAGCUUCUAACAAAAACGCCUGUGGUUGACGUAGCUUUAGUUGGGGAUAAUUUAUAUGCCGCAGUUGAUGUUGAUUCAGGCGAAGACUUGCUUGAAAUUUUUCAAAUCAAUGACGAUGGUGUUUUGGAAAAACAAACUUCACAACUCACGGCUGCCAUUUCAUCCCACAACAAAUGUGAGGUCUCGAGUCGUGAAGAAUUCUACCCAUUGUACCAUAUACAUACAUUGAGAAAGAGAAGCGAACACUAA